GAUUAUUUGUUUUUGUUUUUCUACAAGUAUUGGUACAAAUCAUUUUUUGCAUAUAAUAAAAUAAAAUAUUGUUAUAUAAUUACAAACAUUAUUAGAUAUAACACGCAUGUCAAUUUCUUCUAAUGGAUUACCUAAAUCUUUUAGAAAGAAUCCGAUCAUCGAAGGUAAGGAGAAUAAACAAGACAUCUACAGAUAAAGAAUUUUCGGUAUAUGAUAAUUUAAGUAUUAGAGGGAAUUUUCAGGAUAAAAUGAAAACAAUAAGAACAAAAUUACAUUCCAGUGUAACUUCGGCACAUGGCUGCUUGAUGAUUUUUAAACCCAAAACGAAACUAGGCAAACUAAUGUGGUUUUUUGUAAUACUGUGUUGCUUUUUUUUUUGUAUUGUUAACUUAGUCAAUAUUACCAGGGAUUAUUCAAGUGAAAACCCUGAAGUUAAAAUAUUAGAAUUAUACGAAAAAUCUCCUACGUUCCCAGUUGUUGUUAUUUGUAACGAAAACGCUUUAAAUUCGAGUAUUAAAGAACACAUUAUAAGUCUUACUGGUAAAAAGCUUAAUCAGUUUGAUAGCAACCUAAAAAAAUACAUAACACAUAAAAACUUUAAUUCUCGAUUAUUUAAUGAGUUCGGAAAUCGCUUAAACUCAACUCUUGUCUCAUGUACGAUUGGCGUUGACGAUUGCUCUACCUUUUUAUCUUGGUACCAAAUAUGGCAUUUGGAAUAUGGCUUGUGUUUUGCAUUUAAUAGUGGUUUUAACAUUGAAGGAAAUGAAGUUACGACACGUCGCGUUUUCCUUCCUGGUUACUCGCAUGGACUUAACUUGAAUUUAAAGCUCGAAAAAAACGAAUACAACGAUAAGUCAAAAACAACAGCUUUAAGAGUUUUUAUAACUCAUCAAGGGGAAUAUUUGUUUCCACCAAAUGAAGAUCUUUUAUUAACGUCGGGAUUUUACUAUUCAAUAUCGUUUCAGAAACGAUUGAUGAAUAGAGAAUAUGGUUCAAAUAAAAUGUGCCGAAAAGAUAAAAUAAUAAAACUUUCUAAUUUUUCGCUUAGCCAACCCUUGAUAACAAAGUAUACUCAAAACUUCUGUAAUUUAAAUUGCCUUUCUGAAGAAAUAGCUCGGGAAUGUAUGUGUGUCGAAUAUGAUCGACCAGUUUUAGAACAACAAGCCAAAAUACCCAAGUGUAAUGAUGACGCAUCUACUCAAUUGUGCAUCAAGCAACAAUACUCGUAUUGGAAGUCUGGUAGUUCUGAAUGCCUACAGAAAUGUAAAUUAGAAUGUUUUGAAGUAAAAUAUAAGCCACGCAUCCACCUACAAAAAUAUUGUUCAAAUGAUUUGUGUGAAGGUGACUUAAAAUUGUCAGUCAAUUUUCGCAGUUUUAACUACUUGUUUUAUCAAGUUCACAUUAAUCACGUUUUUGCGGAGUUUUUAGGUCAAGCUGGUGGAAUAAUUACUUUUUUAACGGGGUUUUCAAUUAUUAGCUUUAUUGAAGCAUCCUUUAUUACUAUACAGUUAGUUAUAACAAUUUUAUAUAUGCGCUGUAAAAAUUUUAAAAAAUCAUGUGAUAAAACUAUAACUUCACGUAAAUCUUUUGUUACUUGUCAAGCCUCGUUAGAAGUCUAAAAAACAAACUUUUUUUAAAUUUAAAUUUGUAUUAAUAAACUUUUUUUGUCAAAUAAUGUUUGUAAUAAAAAAUAGUUUCUAAAGAGGGAAGAAGGUGUUUAUUAACA